UCCAGGGAGACGCCGGAAUCACCAGCGCCCACAUGUCGCCCGGACACUGCGCUGCGACAGAUGAGCCCCGGCCUGCGACACACAGCGGCCAUGGCGGAGCCCGACCGGGGUCUCGGGCUCCAUCCGUUCCCCCGUGCGGAGUAUCGAGCCCGUUCAGAGGACACCUCAGUACAAAGAGUAAUGCAUUUUGCAUCGGCCACAGCAGCCGGCUGAGCGACCAGUACCGGAUCCGGGACCGCAUGCUCAUCCACUACAAUAAAAUCCUCUCGGCUAAAGCUGCUGUUGACUGUUCCAUUCCAAAGAGUAUGAUAAAGAGCGUAAAAUACAGCGACCAGCAGAAACGGGAGAGGAUGAAGAAGGAGGUGGCGCGGAUGGAGAGGACCUUCACGGUUUCUUCUCGCCCUCGCUCCAGAGACAGCGUGGACUCCAUUAUGCACAGGAAGGACCCCUAUGACUCUCGCUCUCCUCUCCUGAGACACUCCUCCCCGUAUUCGGAUCCUGGACCCGUUUAUUCUCCCAGCUCCUUCUUCUCCUCCCCGAGACCCUUCAGGUCUCCGGCCCACACUGGCGAGCUGCAGGGAAGGUACCCUGAGUCCUCCAGACUACCCGGCGGGCUCAUCACCCCCACUGCCUGGUCCAGUCCCUGCAAGUUCCAGGACAAUCAGACCAAGACUUACAGCGGGGACCUGCUGGAGAAACACUCCCAUCAUUUCACCAACAAGGAGCGCCCUUUCACCCCCCGCACCCUAAAGACCCAGGCCAAGUCUGCACUCGCCCAGUCCCGUUAUUACACCCCACCCAGGAGGAAGAAGAAGGGGAUGGUGACCGAGGCAGAGGCCCAGACUGAGAUCAGCAGUUUUCGUCGAACAUCACCGGAGAGGGAGUCCUCACCCAUUGGAGAUCAGCAGGGAGGGAACAAUGAAGAUCUGCUACUGAGUGAUGAAGACGAUGAAGGGACAGGAGAGCAGCGGCGCCCCCUCUCCAGGUUGUCGACCAGUGACUUCAUGUCUCCUUCUCCAACGCUCCAGAAGAUUCACUCUGAGGAGGAAGAAUUGGCGUAUCUCAAAUUUGUGGCCGACGUCACCAAUGAAAUUCUGAGCCUUGGACUGUUCUCUGACAGGGUUCUAGAGCGCGUGUUUCAACGACACCUAGAAGGAAACAGACAUCGAUUAGACGAGGGUAAAAUGCGCCACCUGCUGGACAUUCUCAGGGCUGACUUGGACUGCAAGCAAGAAAGCAACCUGAAGUCAGUUGUGGGUCACCACUUUGACGUCAGAGGACAUUUUACCAGUUCUCCUUGGGUUAUUAAUGGGAGCUCCCAGGAGGAAGAGUCCUCUUAUCUAGAUAGUCUUAUCACUGACCACCAUGUACAGGUGGACCCCCUACCAGACAUGAAGCACUAUCUCCAGCACGAUGCCCUUGCUGAACCAGGCACCAAAGACACUAAGCAUGGAGACUAUGUCCAAGUAGUUGCAGAUGGACCAGAAGGUGAUCACCACCAAGAGGACGAUGCCCAAUCUGAUCAGGAAGAUGGAGGUGACCUCAGUCCCCAGCAUUCACAUGACCACCUGUCUUCCCUGGAUGGUCCAGAAGACAAAGGAUCUCCUGACCAUGAAGAUGAUGUUGAUCUCCAGAUGUUGAAGGAAACCCCUGAGGACAAUCUCCUGCUGGACGUCUCUAGUAAAGAUCAGACUUUGGACAACUUACUGGACGCCAGACAUAUUUCUGAGAAUGUCGACAACUUGGACACUCUUGAAGACCUGCAGCAGAGCUUUUAUAAAGUCGUCCAGAUCUCCAGGGCAGAUGAUGGUGAUGUCACCCAGGUCUCCAGGGCAGAUGAUGGUGAAGAUUCGGGAGAGGAGGAAGCAUCCGAGACUGAGGAACCGAUUGACUUGUAAAGAAAUAAAUGAUGCCUGGCCGCUGCUUGUAGAUAUUCAUUCACAUACGGGUAAUAAUGUAGGGCUAGCAGACUAGACAUGGCGGGUAUUGCACCAUAGAAGGGCCUAUUCAUGCUACUGUCUUGUAGGUGGGUUUGUUACAAUGUAUCAGUUUUGUUCAGAGAAUUGCUUAUACUAAUACAUUUUCCUGCUGAGGUUAGGUUCACAUUUGUGGCACUGCUCAUUUUUUCAUUUCCGGUAUAGGAACUAGAACAGAAACCAUCCCCCACUAGAUCCCAUUGACCAUAAUUAGAUCCGGUGGCUUUCCGUAAUAGAUUCUGACAUUCCGGCCAAAGUUUAAAUCCCAAGGAGGGGUUUUAACUUUAGAGACCAGGCAUAACUUGGACACAGCUGUAACAAACCUCCUUGACCCAGGGAUGUUCUGCUAGUCUAAACUCCAAAUAAGGCACUUAAAGCAGAUAUCUGGACUAGUACUAGGCCUGAGUUUUUUUUCUUCCAACCUUCCUGUAAUAAUUGUAGCACGAGCGGAAUGUCAGGAACCUCUAACACAUCCACAGGUCUAUUGGCGAAUCUGAAAAAGGUCUUCCAAACUCUCAGAUGGAUCUCAGAAGUAACCCUCUUUCGACUGGCCAACAGAGUGUUAACCACCUCGUCAGAAAGACCUCUUCUUUUUAAAAUCUCCCUCUCAAGAGCCAAGCAGUCAGAUGUAGAUUUCUUACUUCUGGGUGAAAGAUUGGACCCUAAGACAGAAGCUCCUGGGACUCCGGAAGCACCCAUGGGGUUGCUAUUGAUAUCCUGCGGAGCCAGGAGAACCAAACUCUUCUUGGCCAGAAGGGGGGGGGCUAUAACUAUUACAGUUGCUUCCUCUUCUCUGAUCUUUUUGAGAACCCCCAGUAACAUUUUUAGUGGGGGAAAGGCAUAGACCUAUCAGGUCUUUUCCAUUCUCUGGCGAUUACCGCCUGAAUGUUCUUAUGUAUAUUAAACACUUUCCUCUUGCUAGGCCCUCAAACAUAGAGUCUUGCACUGAUUGCUGAGGUCUUUGAUCAUCCAACCCUAUAGUUGCUCUAACACGGGGUCUCAGCAUCUUAAGGCUUCAUGCACACAGCUGUUGUGUGGCCGUUCCGUGGAUUGGGGACUGCGACAUCUGUGCAGCGGGCCAGACCCAUUCAACUUGAAUGGGUCUGUGGUCAGUCCGCACCGCAGAAAAAAAAUAUGACGUCAUAUUUUUUUGCGGUGCGGAACAAUGAAAAGAAACGCCACGGAAGCACUCCGUAAUGCUUCCGGUGUUCUGUGACUCCGUUCUGCUUCUCCGGAAUUGCGGACCCAUUCAAGCGAAUGUGUCCGUAUCAGUGAUGCGGGGUGCCGACUCGCCGUUUGCUGGCUUCCUCCCACCGCUUGAACCCGGAAGUAGAUGCACAUGCCGAACAGGUUCGCAGGAAUCCCAGAGAGGUCAAAACUCGCCAGGCUCCGGGAAGGGGAGCGUAAGGUGAGGGACAGAGACUGGAGCCCAGACUUUAGCAGCGGCUCCCCCAUGGAGACUUACGCCGCCCGGGGUAACCCUCCUAACUGCAUCAAUUGCCGGGGCCCCCGCAGCUCUAGAACAACUGCAUACGGCGGUUCCGAUUUUCUCCUGCCUCUUAGGACAGGAAACAGAACUGGAGGUAGCGGGGAGGAUCCCUCUUUUAAAAGGCGGUUCUGGUUCCUGUCCGGAGGAGGAGGCGGUCUCUCCACGGGUGCUAUCAUAGGCGAAAGAGAAUUAUAUUUUUGUUAAUAAUGCUCAAUUAUGAUGGGAGUUGUAGUUAUAAUGAGACCUGGCAUUGUUUUCUCCCAGGUCUCCGCUGUAUGGUGGGGCUGGAUCACUUCGAUAUGAUAAAUGCAUAUUAAUUGGUAUUUUCUAGUGAUCACUUAUAGACCUGUCGGAUUUGUUUGGUAGUGGCGCCUGUCGUGCGCCCCGAGAGUUAUGGAGUCUGUGUCUGCUCCCCACAUCCACCUCUUAAGCAGCUUAUUGCGUGUUCUUUGUAAUCAUGCCAGGCCUCCUGUAAUGGAAAUUCUCUAUCUAUGCUCUGCCUUCCUGCUGACCUUGUGCUUAUACACUGAAGCAGAACUGCAGUGUAAAGCAAGGAGGAGACAGCAGCAGUCAGUUUCUGAUUCAACAGGAGGUGGGUUUCAAGUCAUUGACCAUAGCUGUGUCUUAGCAGUGUGGAGCUGCAGUAUAAAGAAGGGGAGAAAGCCUCUGAUGAGGAUACUGCAGCUUAGCUGGAGUCACUGACUUGUACAAAUUUUAUGUAUAAGGCCACUUUCACACGUCAGUGUUUGGUCAGUUAUUGUGAGC